UUGUGUGACUUGCUGCGGUGCGGAACGUGUUGAGUCUUGUACGCACGGUUUGAGUUUCGUCUACUAGAUUUUGUUGAGAGUCUUUUUCGGGCGAUUAGAAACGCUGUUGAGUCGCGCGGCGAUAAGAAGGUAGCGAUAAAAAUCGCUUGAAGUCAGCAUAAAUGUUGGCCAUAUGAAAACGAUGUUGUUGCCGCUGUGAUUGUUGUUGUUGGUGCGAUUGUAGAUUGGGCAUCUUUUGUUAAAGCCACACGAAUUGUUUUUAGUGCUUGUUGGCGAAUUUCUGUGGCCCACGGUCUAAACUUGAAUUUUUUAAGCUGAUUCCGCAAAAAGCAAACAAGCAAGCGCCAAAAAAAAAACCAAACCCGAAAAAGUAAAAAAAAAGAGGAAAAAAAAAGAAACAUAUGCUGAUGUGAGCAUUGUGUUUGAGAUACAGAUACAAGUGAAGUGCUGUGACAGAGUCAAGUCGAGAUACUUAAACUAUAUUGUCCUGGAUUAAAUAUUUUUGAGUAUCUCGCUAGCUCGAUAUUAUCAUGUGCUAAGCCCGGCUCUCACAUUCAACCAAGAAGGAGUAAAGCAAUCAUCAGAUAAUCCACAACUCAAAAUGCUGGACAAACAAAGCGCCAUCUCAGUCUCCGGCUCCUGUUGCAGCUCGAAUGCAACGAACACGGACCUGGACUAUGAUGUGCCCGUCUCGCGGCGCAUUCACAUUAAAUCGAAACUUUAUGCAAAGGCCAUUUAUGAUAAUUACGCGGAUACGCCAGACGAGCUGCCCUUCAAGAAGGGCGACACCCUGACCGUCAUCGAACAGGACACCGAGGGCAUCGAGGGCUGGUGGCUUUGCUCUCUGCGCAACCGACAGGGUCUUUGUCCGGGCAACCGGUUACGCAUCUUGAACUCCUACGAUUCGGGCUGCUUUUCACCUUCACCUGCGAGUUCCCCGAUUCCAUCGCUGGCCGCCAGCACAGCCACUUUGAACAGUUCCAUUUGCUCGGCGGAGAUCUAUGAGAAUGGUUCCAUCAUCACUGCAUCGGGAGCUGGCAACAAUGGGGAGACAUCCUCCACUUCAUCAUCCUCCAACUCAAGUCAGGGCCGUGGAGUACGCAGAUCGUGGCAUGUAUCGCCCAACAAGGUCAUAACGCCACAGCGGCACGGGGAUGUGUACAUCUAUAAUUGUUCGCCCAGUUCACGCUCACCUCAGCCUCAACUUCAGGCGCAUCCUCAGCAGAUUUAUAGCAACCAAAGCAUCUAUCAGAACCUUGGCAUGAUGGGCACACCGAAUGGCAGUGGCAAUGGCAGCGAGUUCGAGACCUACGAUAUUCCCAAGCCUGCCACGCCCGUGCAACUGAACUAUGAUGCCUCCCGAGGCGUAAGGACGCCCACAUCGGGUUCAGCUUUGGGAGCACGCUUUGAUUCCCUCAAGAGUGUCGCGGCAUCCAUGUCCAUCGAGGAGGAAUCCUAUGAUGUGCCACGCCCAUUGUUGCAACAACAGCAACAACAACAACAACACACAUUGACGCCCAGCAGCUCGGCAUCUUCUUUGUUAACCAGCGAUAGUCUGUCCCUGAGCUUCUCCAGCUCUAAUCGCAGCUCGUUGGCCAACAUGCCGGACUACGACAUACCACGCCGUAAUCCUCUGCCCGUGCGUCCACAUCCGCGUCCCCAUGCCUGCACCUAUGACUUCUCGUUGCCGCCAUUGCUGGAGCAGGAACAGCGCCAUGUGCCCGCUGCUGUGAAUGCCACCAAAGAGUUGCCCUUGGAACUGAACUCGGCGCUGGAGACACUCGCCAAGUUACAGUCGGAGACAACCAUGGCCAUCACACGACUCCUCAGCUUUGUGGUGCCCCAUUGGCGUACACGUGCGCAGUUGGAACCGAACAUUAUGGAGCUGAAACUGGCUGCACUGCGUCUUCGCACCGCGUUGCAUGAUCUGGCAGAGUUUGGAGAAGGAGCACUGGGCAAUGCACAGAGAUCGGAGGAUCGCAAUCUGGCAUUGAAGCUGCGUCCUCUCGUGCGUGCCUUGAGAGAUGCCAACAAGCUGAUCCAUGACACCUCCGAGGCGUUGGAUGCCCAGGGCAGUUGGUCCGUGGAGCAGCUGGCGAGGAGUGAUGAGAAGCACGGCUGCCGGCCUCCAGAUAGCCUGGACCAGUUGAUGGCUUGUGCCCAGACUCUAACCGAGGAUGUGCGCUCCACCACGAGCUUCAUUCAGGGCAAUGCCUCGCUGCUCUUCAAGCGACAGCUGCCCACGGAUCAGGGCAAUAGUCAUAGUCAAAAUGGUGGCAUACGCGACAGCAGUGGGAGUCGAAGCAGUGCCGAGUGGCUGGAGGAUUACGAUUAUGUGGCCUUUGAAUCGAAGGAUGCGGCGGCCAAGAAGAAUCAGGCACUUAGAGAUGCCAUUCCCGCUGGCCUGAAGACACAGUUCGACAGUGCGCUGAAGAUCGCCGAGUGCACGGCGAUGGGAACGACGCCAUCGUCGGUGCCAACCACGCCCACAGCUGCCGUGGUGGCCACACCCUGCAAAUCGCCAGAGAUGACCGAUAAGGAUAAGAAGCUGGUGAGAUACUAUGCCCAACAAAUCUCCACACACAUGGGAAAUCUACUGCAGGCAAUCGACUCGUUCCUCGAGACGGUGGAAAAGAAUCAACCACCAAAGUAUUUCAUUGCCUAUGGCAAGUUUGUUGUGGUCAGUGCCCACAAUCUGGUCACCAUCGGGGACAAUGUCCAUCGCAAUAUCUCCAAGGAGGCGCUACGUGAGAAGAUUCUCCACUGCACCAACUCGCUCUCCGAAGCCCUCAAGACGUGUGUCCUCAAGUCGAAGAAGGCGGCAGCUCAUUUUCCGAGCGGAAGUGCGGUUCAGGAAAUGGUAGAUUCGGUAGUGCAUAUCAAUGAUCUGGCACGCGAUCUUAAGUCGGUGAUGCUUCAGGCCGUACAGCUGUCGGUUGGAGACGGAGCCUGAACCGUUAUUGACUGAGUUAGCGACUUGCGAUCGCUUUGGCUUUUAAAGUCUUCCAGGCUGGCAGCGCAAUGUUCCUUACUGACUACCAUGCUUCGUCUAUGCAAUAAUCCCUAACUAAAAAUUGGCAUAUCUUCCGCAUCGAUCGGCGAUAUAUCAUUUGCAUUGUGAUAUUUUUGACCAAACAUCUGAAAAUGCACAUAGCCCCAGCUAAAGUCCCAACAACGAUCGUCGCCACGAUUCGCACGAUCUCCACACAAACAUACAGUUAGUCAAGUAACAGUUUUGACAAAUUUCUAAAGUUCCAUAUUUUAUUUUGCAUAAAAAAAAACAUUAAACCUUAUUUAGGUUUCUUUUUUAUUUCAUUGUAGUUGCUUAAAGUUCUCAGAACAAGUAACAAAAAUAAACAAAAUCCAUUGGUUUAAACUAUUUUUUUAAACAAUAAACAUAUACAACUAUCUUUGUCAUAACAGUUAUUUGACAUACUGUAUGUAUAUUAAUUCAUACUAAUGUAUGUAUACAAUUACGAUUACGAGUUAGUUUUAUCUAUUUGUAAGAUCACAUCAGUCAGUCUCUGUAAAUAGCAUUCUACAAUAGCACUCCUUAAAUGUAGGUUUUUUGUACAUUGUAUUUCCCCGCAAAUUAUGUUGUAUCAGUGAAGCAUUUCUUCAAAUAAUAAUAUUUUGUAUGUAAACUCUAUAACGUAGAAAUAGCUUUACACAUCUUAUAAUUAAUUGUAACCAUUUAAAUUACGCAACAAAAAAACACUAGCAUGUAGCACAAAAAUACACAUAUAUAAAUUUACAUACGUGCAUAGUCAAAAUCUGUAAGAUUUGCAAUAAAUCUAUUAUAAUUUGCGCAAGGCAUUAGUCAGCAAUAUACGAGUAAAUACAACAAGUAAUAAAUAGCAACAAAAUAUUAGCCAUACUA